CUUUUUGUGCUCUCUCUGUGUUGUGUGAUUGAUCUAAAGGGGAAGCCCAUAUGGCAGUAGGAUUUGCAGUGACAAGCAAAGGUGAUCAGUACAAUGGAAAAAUGACACUGUUUGUCAUCCUCUCAUGUAUGAUGGCUGCCAUGGGAGGAGUCAUCUUUGGCUAUGAUAUAGGAAUUUCAGGUGGAGUCACAUCCAUGGAGCCAUUUCUGAAGAAGUUCUUCCCAAAGGUCUACACUAAGAUGAAAGAGGACAACAGAAUAAGCAACUACUGCAAAUUUGACAGCCAACUCUUGACCUCUUUUACAUCGUCACUCUACAUAGCUGGCCUUGUUGCUUCUUUCUUUGCUUCUUCAGUGACACGAGCCUAUGGGCGCAAGCCAUCAAUUAUUGCCGGUGGUGCUGCUUUCCUUGCUGGUGCAGCCCUAGGUGGAGCUGCUGUCAAUGUCUACAUGCUUAUAUUAGGUCGUCUCUUGCUUGGAAUUGGAGUUGGAUUCGCAAACCAGUCAGUCCCUCUAUAUCUUUCAGAAAUGGCACCACCAAAUUACAGAGGAGCAUUUAACAAUGGCUUCCAGUUUAGUAUUGGCAUAGGGGCAUUAUCAGCAAAUCUCAUCAACUAUGGAACCCAGAAAAUUAAAGGUGGUUGGGGCUGGAGAAUCUCCCUGGGUAUGGCAGCAGUCCCAGCUUCAAUCCUAACUCUUGGAGCCCUGUUCCUCCCUGAUACAGCCAACAGCCUGAUCCAACGAAGCAAUGACCACCAAAAGGCCAAGGUGAUGCUACAGCGGGUCCGUGGAACAACCACCGACGUCCAAGCAGAGCUUGAUGACCUCAUUAAGGCUAGUGAAAUCUCCAAGACCAUGGAGGACCACCCAUUCAGAAAGAUCUUACAGACAAGAUAUAGGCCACAACUAGUUAUGGCAAUUGCUAUCCCAUUCUUCCAACAGGUAACUGGAAUAAAUGUAAUUGCCUUCUAUGCACCAUUGCUGUUCAGAACAAUUGGGUUUGGUGAGAGUGCAUCACUCAUGGCUGCAGUUGUAACUGGCCUUGUGGGCACUGGCUCGACCUUCAUAUCGAUGUUGAUAGUGGACAAGUUGGGUCGUCGGGUCUUGUUUAUGGUUGGUGGAGUUCAAAUGCUCAUUUCACAAUUGAUGAUUGGAGGUAUCAUGGCUGCUCAGCUUGGAGAUCAUAGUGGCUUGAGCAAAGGAUACUCUUAUCUAGUACUGUUACUGAUUUGUGUUUAUGUUGCUGGUUUUGGAUGGUCAUGGGGUCCCCUGGGUUGGUUGGUUCCGAGUGAGAUUUUCCAAUUGGAGAUUCGAUCAGCAGGGCAGAGCAUCACUGUGGCUGUGAGCUUUCUUUUCACAUUCAUCAUUGCUCAGACCUUUUUGUCCAUGCUCUGCCAUUUCAAGUCCGGCAUUUUCUUCUUCUUUGGAGGAUGGGUGGCUGUGAUGACUGUUUUUGUGUACUUGUUAUUGCCAGAAACUAAGAACUUACCCAUUGAAGUUAUGGAUCGAGUUUGGGGUGAGCACUGGUUCUGGAAGAGGAUUCUCAUGGAGGAGGAGAAAGGGGAUCUAUAACAUAGAUGGAUA